AGAGAGGGAAAAGAGGGGAAGAAGAGGAGACGAGUGGAGGAGAGGAUGGAUUGCAGAUGGGAUCUUUGCGUUCAUGAAAUCGGCGUCUCUAAGCAUGAACUCCACUGACCUCUGCAGGAGAGCAGCAGAAGAUCACCUGGCUGUGACAUCAUGAGCGCUCCCACGUCAGGAACCCCAGACAUGGAGGUGACCGUGGUCUCCCAGGAGAUGGCAUUGCUUAGCAACAUACUGGCAGCUUACACCUUCAUUGCAGACCAACCCGAGAGGACGGCCUUGGUGUUUGUGGGCGGAGUCUGCGUUGGCCUCUUUGUGACCCUCUGCGCCAUCGUCUUCCAGAUACACUGUCGAGCAGACUGUCACUAUGGCAACAAUAAGCAUCCUAAGCAUCGCCGCGGGAACAAGCAUCAUCACCAUCGCCAUGCCAGCUGCCCCCUCCAUCAGCCCGUCGACAGCUCUCCAGACAACGCGGCUGUCGUUGUCACCGGAGGGGCGGGGCCUGCUGGGGACAGCGAAUCAGAGGACUGGGAUGGAAGGUCUGACCUGUCGUCACGGAGACGCAGACACUUUGAGAGAGCUCUGCUGAACGGCACUAUGUUCACGUCAUCUGAGGGUACACACACACACACACACACACACACACACACACACACACACACACACAUGGUAUAUGUAUGGAGAGGCCUCGUAUCGGGAUCAUCCUUUCACCUCGUGGAGCGCACAAGAAGCACGAGGGAUACUUUACGUUUUAUAUAAUGUUAAUCUGGAGGAUCCACACUUUAAAAAUGUUUGGCAGCACAAUAUUUCACGACUAAAUGCAUUUAAUUAAUGACAAAUACAGUGAUCGAAAGAAAUUAUAUUUACUCAACUACUAAUCAUAAGUAACAUUUUAAGGUCCUUUUACUUUACUUGAGUAUUUCUACUUCAUGCUUCUACAACUCUACAUUGUUUUUGACUGUAUUUGAUUUGCCGAUAAAGUUACUUUGAACGUUAAGAUUUUAUAGCCCCACCUCGACCAGCUCAUCAUUCAGAUUGUGCUCACACAGUAACACAUCUUUAUUAAUUAUCAUCUAUGAUUAUCAGACAACCUUUCAGCUGCUAUGAUAUUUACCUGCAAUACAGUAUUUUUAUCAAAUAAAACAUCUUCACAGUUCCUCCACUACUGGCCAAUUGGAAUCAAUGUCCACAUUGACUGCAUACUUUUUAGAGAUAGUUGGUUAUGACCUCACGUAUUGCCGUGACUUGUUUGUCCAAAAUGGAUCACAUUGCAGAACAGAACACCUGUGUGGAAAAUAAAACAGUUUGAGAUGUUUGCAUGUAUAUAAUAGAUUGAAUCGACGCAUUGGAAGGGGAAGUGUUAAAGAACUAGUUAAUUUAUGCACAUUUAUAAACACUCACUCCCAGACUACCUCCCUGAUGUCACACAAACUCAUAUCUUAAAAUAGAAUAUUCUAUACAGUGAUGUGGAAAUUGAUGGUUAUGCGAAUAAUUGUUUAUGAACGCGCUUUAAUUGGGUGAAUGUGUAUGUGUGUGUGUGUG